GGUGCCGGGACAGGGAUUGAGGUGCUGUUAGAGUCGGAUGAAGCAGGCGGGAAUUCAGUCUUCUUCCAGUGAGCUCCCCAUCUCGCCCUCUGGUGGCUCUGGACAGCAGGCUGACUUAGUGUGAUUACCGGCAUGCUCCAAGACCGGCACUGACCGUCCCCACGUGGGGGUGUUCCAAAUGGGGGAGGAGAGGUCGGGGAGCACCGUGCAUCUGCUGUGCCUCGCGGCCUCCAGCGGGGUGCCCCUGUUCUGCAGGAGCAGCCGCGGCGGCAACCCCGCCCGUCCGCAGCUCCCGUUUUCUGUCAUCGGCUCCCUCAAUGGAGUCCACAUGUUCGGGCAGAAUCUGGAAGUGCAGCUGAGUUCUGCGAGGACCGAGGACACGAUCGUGGUGUGGAAAAGCUUCCAUGACAGCAUCACUCUCAUUGUUCUGUCACCUGAGGAGGGCACCUCGGAGCUGAGGCUGGAGAGACUACUCCAGAUGGUGUUUGGGGCCAUGGUUCUUCUUGUGGGACUUGAAGAACUGACCAAUAUCCGCAAUGUAGAGAGACUGAAGAAGGAGUUGAGGGCCAGUUACCGCCUCAUCGACAGCUUCCUAGGGGACUCGGAGCUCAUUGGGGACCUUACCCAGUGUGUGGACUGUGUGAUUCCUCCAGAGGGGUCCCUCCUGCAGGAAGCCCUCUCCGGGUUCGCUGAGGCCGCGGGCACAGCCUUCGUCAGUCUCGUGGUGUCGGGCCGGGUAGUGGCAGCAACAGAGGGCUGGUGGCGGCUGGGGACGCCCGAGGCCGUGCUGCUUCCCUGGCUGGUAGGGUCCCUGCCGCCGCAGGCCGCUCGCGACUACCCUGUGUACCUGCCUCACGGGAGUCCCACGGUCCCGCACCGACUUUUGACCUUGACGCUGCUGCCAAGCCUGGAGCUGUGUCUGCUGUGCGGGCCACGCCCACCCCUCCGCCAGCUGGACCCACAGCUUCUGGAGCGUUGGUGGCAGCCACUGCUGGGCCCGCUGCGGACCUGCUUGCCGCUUGGACCCCGAGCGCUGCCCGAUGGCUUCCCCCUGCACGCGGACAUCCUUGGGCUGCUGCUCCUCCACCUGGAACUGAAACGUUGCCUCUUUACCGUGGAGCCCUUUGGGGAUAAAGAACCUUCUCCGGAACAGCGCCGGCGCCUCCUCCGUAAUUUCUACACUCUGGUCACCACCACGCACUUCCCACCAGAGCCAGGGCUACCACAGAAGGCAGAGGAUGCGGUCCACCAAGCCCAGCUGCCUAGGGCCUGCUACCUGGUGUUGAGGCACGGGGAGCCAAGAAGGGGAUUGCGGCUCGUGGUUCUGCAGCUGGGGCCUCGGCAGCUGCUACUGCUGUUGGCUCCUCAGAGUCCCACCCAUGGACUUCGAAGCCUGGCCACACACACUCUGCAUGCCCUCACCCCACUUCUUUGACCACCUGGGAGUGGGCAAUGGAGACAGACAUGGGGCUAUUAGUGUCUCUCUGUUUAUUCGCUCACAAUAAUACACAGCCCCUGGAUGGAGAGGGAGAAGGAGGGGCUACGAUGGGA